CACUAUCAGAACAGAGUGACAUAAUGGUGGGAUAACAUGGACACUUGUCUUCUUCCUUACUGUAAUGGGACUGUUUCUACUCCAUAUAAUCUAGUUAUUAGGUUCCUGCAACUUAACUGGGAAUUGAUCAAGAUUUCAAGCUAAGGUGGUGGUGAUGAACAGCCUAAGGGUCAUUCUUCAAGCAUCUCCAGGCAAAUUGCUGUGGAGAAAGUUCCAGAUUCCGAGAUUCAUGCCAACGAGGCCCUGCAGCCUCUACACUUGUACUUACAAAACCCGGAACCGAGCCUUGCAUCCACUCUGGGAGAGCGUGGACCUGGUUCCUGGGGGUGAUCGACAAUCACCCAUCAACAUUCGGUGGAGGGACAGUGUUUAUGAUCCUGGCUUGAAACCGCUCACCAUCUCUUAUGACCCAGCCACCUGCCUCCACGUCUGGAAUAAUGGGUACUCUUUCCUCGUGGAAUUUGAAGAUUCUACAGAUAAAUCAGUGAUCAAGGGAGGACCCCUGGAACACAACUACCGAUUGAAGCAGUUCCAUUUUCACUGGGGGGCCAUCGAUGCCUGGGGUUCUGAGCACACCGUGGACAGCAAAUGCUUCCCAGCAGAGCUGCACUUAGUGCAUUGGAAUGCAGUCAAAUUUGAAAACUUUGAGGACGCAGCACUGGAAGAAAAUGGUUUGGCCGUGAUAGGAGUAUUUUUAAAGCUAGGCAAACAUCAUAAAGAGCUACAGAAAUUAGUGGAUACUUUGCCGUCAAUUAAGCAUAAGGACACCCUUGUGGAAUUUGGGUCAUUUGACCCUUCCUGCCUGAUGCCCACCUGCCCAGAUUACUGGACCUACUCAGGGUCUCUGACCACCCCACCCCUCUCCGAGUCUGUCACCUGGAUCAUUAAGAAGCAACCAGUAGAGGUUGAUCAUGAUCAGCUUGAGCAAUUUCGAACCCUGCUUUUCACUUCUGAAGGGGAGAAGGAGAAAAGAAUGGUGGACAACUUCCGCCCUCUUCAGCCACUGAUGAAUCGCACUGUCCGUUCAUCCUUCCGGCAUGAUUAUGUGCUGAAUGUACAAGCGAAACCCAAGCCGGCAACCAGCCAAGCAACCCCCUAAAACGUUCAUAUCUAGGCAGUAUUUUGCUUUUGCUAUAAUAUAUACUAGCUUACUAAAAAUUGUUAACUAGACUAUUCUAAGUGCCUGCAUUUGAUAAUAUUUACAGAUGAGCAUUUCUUAGCAUGAGAGUGCUUCAUCAGUCUUUGAGGAAAGCGAUAUGGUACCGGCUAAGAGACACAAGUUUCUCUUGCAGCUACCUGUUGGUAAUUGUAAUGCCUUUUUUUUUUCUUUAAGAGACUCUAGGUCUUGCUCUGUUGCCCAGGCUAGAGUGCAGUGGCCCAGUGAGAGCUCACUGCAGCCUUGAACUCCUAGGCUCAAGCAGUCCUCCUGCCUUAGCCUCUGGAGUAGCUGGGGCUACAGGUGCUGGCCACCUGGCCCGGCUUGUAAUAUCUUUUUAUGUCUGACAUUUUUGAGCUAUCUUUUUUAUGUUUAUCCAUUAGUGGUUCUAUAGCACUAUACGUAGGGAUUAUAAUCAAAAGUAAGGCACAGACACUGACCAGAACUCAGGCCUUUCAGAAACAGCCUGUUGGCCCAGACUGGUACUUCCUGGCUGAACAUUGGCCAUGGUUUUAGAUGUAUUUUAUUUGAUAACAUGAAUGUGUAUUCUUUCCUAAGGGCUUAUCAAUCAGUACAUUUGCCCCAGUGUUUAGUUGUUACAAGGACAUGAUACGCUUACUUACUAUCGAUUUAUGAUGUAGAAAAUAUAUUUUGUAAUUAUAAGAAAAUAAGACUUUUCCUAUACCCAGAAAUCCCUUUGCAUUUCCAAAGAUCAGAUAUUUUACUUGAAGGUCUGAUCAUAUAGGAAAUAUAUGCAGAAUAUUUUAAAGAAAAUGCUUGGCUGGGCACGGUGGCUCACACCUGUAAUCCAGCACUUUGGGAGGCUGAGGCGGGAAGAUCACUUGAGGUCAGGAGUUCGAGACCAGCCUGGCCAACAUGAUGAGACCCUGUCACUACUAAAAAUUUAAAAAAUUAGCCAGGCAUGGUGGUGGGCACCUGUAAUGCCAGCUACUCGGGAAGCUGAGGCUGGAGAAUCGCUUGAACCCAGGAGGUGGUGGUUGCAGUGAGCCAAGAUCGCACCACUGCGCUCUAGCCUGGGCGACAGAGUGAGACUCCGUGUCUAAUAAAAAAGAGAAGAGAAGAGAAAGGAUGCUUAAAGUGCCUAGAACUUAGAAUUCUUUCAUUGUACAUUUCCAGAAAUAUUUUUCAAAGGACUAGUAAUCUAAUAGCCUAUGGUUUAUAAUAUUAUUUUGUAUUGUUUGCACACUGUUACAUAGUAUAUAAUGAUAAUGUUUUCUACAGUGAAAGAGCUGUCCUGUCUUCACUUUACAACUGUCUGAACUUUAUUUACUCAUUAGUCAAGGUUCUUUGCAAGGCAGGUGAUUAACUUAAAUCUCUCAGUUUAUACAGUGCUUUAAAAAACUUUUGUUAUGGUAAUAGGGAGAGAAACUUGUCAGAUAGGCUAAAAUCUAGAUAAUUCUACAUAUUCUGAGGAAUUCAUGCCCCCGUGUCUCUUGCUUAUAAAUAUCUUGGAAUGUUUCCGAAUGCAUCUAAGCCUAUGUUCAGACUCAGUGUUGCAUCAAUGACUGGUAGUAGUUCUUUCAUUAAUAUGUUUGUCAUCUGGUCUGCAAGAUAGGGUUGGAUGAAUAUACUUAACACUACUGACUGUACGCUUAAGAUAGUUAGGAAGGAAAUGGAACUACAUCAAACUUAAAAAUUUCUGUGUGUCAAAGGAAGCAAUCAACAAAGUGAAAAGGCAAGUUCUAGAAUGAGAGAAAAUAAUUGCAAAUCAUAUAUCUUAUAAGGAGCCCAAAUCCAGAAUAUAUGAGGAACUUCUAUAACUCAACAACAAGAAAACCAAAUAACUCAAUUUUUUAAAAUGGGCAAAGGACUUCACAGACAUUUCUCCAAAGAAGAUAUACAAAUGGCCAAUAAGAACAUGAAAAUAUGCUCAACAUUGCUAAUUAUUAGGGAAAUAUAAAUCAAAAUCACAAUGAGUUAUCAUCUCAUGCCCAUCAUGUUGGCCACUAUCAGAAGAACAAAAAAAUAACAAGUAUUGGGGAGAAUGCAGAGAAGUUGAAACCCUUGUGCACUGUUGGUGGUAAUGUAAAAUGGUGGUCAUGGAAAACAGUACACGGGUUUCCCAAAGAACUGAAAACAGAAUUACCAUAAGAAUUACCACCAAAGCGGGAUCUCAAAGAGAUAUCUGUACACCCAUGUUCAUAGCAGCAUUAUUCACAAUAGCCAAGAGGUUCUGGAAGCAUCCCAAAUGUCCAUCAACUGAUGAAUGGAUAAAGAAAAUGUGGUAUAUACAUUCAAUGGAAUAUUAUUCAGCCUUUAAAAAGAAGGAAAUGCUGUCAAAUGUUGAACCUUGAAGGCAUUAUGCCAAGUGAAAUAAGCCAGCCACAAAAGAACAAAUACUGUAUGAUUUCUCCAUGUGAAGUGUCCAAAGUAGUCAAAAUGAUACAAUAGAAAGUAGAAAGGUGGUUGCCAAGGGUUGGGGGAAGGGGAGAGGGUGAAUUUGUAUUUAGUGGUUACAGAGCUUGUGUUGCAAGAAUUCUAGAGAUCUGUUGCAAAACAAGUGUGAUUGUACUUAACACUA